AUGUCAGAUGUAGUAUGUCCGAUACUCGACAAUUAUAACUACCAAGUGCUAAGGAAUUUGUCUACUAGGUCUACAGAUGCUUCUUUUGAGUGUAGCUAUCCAGGAUGCAGCGCAAAGUACCGACGCAAAGAGCACUUGAAACGACAUACAUUGCAACAUAACCAAGAAAGUCAUAUAUCUUGCCCAUAUUGCCAGAGAACAUUGACCAGGGGGGGAGUAUUAUCUGACCUCCUACGGCGACAUAUACGAAUCCACCACCUCCAGAGACAACUCCCUCGUUCAUCUCGAGCGCAGAAGGCAUGUAGCGCUUGUCGGGCUCGAAAAGAACGUUGUGACGGUGAAUUUCCUUGCGGCUCAUGUCAGCAGCGAGGAAUCAACUGUUCGCUCACUGGCAGGGGAACGAGAAGCGAUGGGCAGGAUACCGGCACAGAAGUGCAAGCAACUCAUGCUCUCUCAACAUCCACUGAACCUAGCUCCGCGCUUUCUGGCACGUUUCGGUGGAAUUUCCAUGAAUAUACCAAUACCUACUUCAACGUUUUCCAUCCAGUGUGGCCGUUCCUUCACAGGGCUACACUUGAUCCACUUAAGGAACCGCGUGUGAUCGUCCAAUCCGUUCUCAUGAUUGGACUGUGGAUAGAUGGACGACGGGAUACCGCGAUAGAACUUCAUUGCAGACUGCGUGGUGCGAUAAAUGCUCAGAGGAGCCAAUGGGACGUAUCCAACCCAGAACUCAGCCAGAAUACUAGGACAUCAUGGCCCAUGGUAACGUACCAGGCUAUACUUUUGCAUAUUAUCCUUGCCAUGUUUAUCACAAAAGAAAAGGCAACAUUCGAUUUAGGCUUGCGAUACCAGAUCGAAGCAGAAGAGUACGACCUCCUAGUGUCUCUCGUUCAAAGCUGUCGACAAUUGGGUAUGUUCUUAUAUCCAAACAUGCUAGCACAAUAUGACGAUACUGCGCCAGCCGUUCUCGUCUGGGUGGGCGUGGAGGAGACCAAGCGGUUUGGGUUAGCCCUCUACAAGGUGUGCCGCAUGUGCACUUGCGACUCGGCUGGAAGCAGGAGUCAGCUUCUGUCCCUGGCUGAUUUGUCCUUUGGCAUGCCGGGCAGUGAUGAGUCAUGGAAUGCCCCAGCUGAUGUGGGAACUGAAGAGCUUCAGAGGCUUGCCCUACAGACGAACUACAGGGAGAAUGGGGAGCCUGAGUGGUGGAUAUCUAGGUCUUCCACUGUACUAUAUGAUAAUCUUGUCGAUUUUGACUGGAUAUAG